CGUUUUAUUGUCUUUCUCUCUCUCUCAACUUUCUCUCCCUCCACCUAUAAUAAUUAUUCACUCUCCCGCUCGGCACUCGCCGGCGAUCAUUCCGCGUCACUCGCCGCCGGACCCUUUCCGGUUUAAUUAUCAAUUUCCGUUGUCGUUUCCUCAAAUUCGAACACUCUUUUCUUUUUAUAUUUUUUGGAUGAAAAAAAUAGCUUGGGUGGUUUCGAUUCGGAAAAGCGUUGUGCUUCUCUGCUGAAGAAGCGUGAAUGUGCUUGAGAAUUUUGCUUCGUUGAGAACUCGAAAUCUUUGUGUUUUGUGUUGUCGGCAUUGGCGAAUGGUGGUUUCCUGAGUCGGUGUUAGGUUUGAUCCGGCACCGUUUUGGGCAAGCUCGGAUCUUGGAGAUACCCUUUGGAGAAAAGGGGUUUGUUUGGUGGAAUCCACGUUUAGGGUUUGGUGGGUAUGAAGAAGGCAUUGGGGUGAGGAUAAAUGUGCAAGCCGGAGUUACAAGAUUUUGGGUAUAUGGGUUCGAAUACGUGGGAGAGUAAGGUUCAGAAGGUGGGCAUGGGUGGGUUAGGAUCCGGGUCGAGUUCAGGGUCUGGGUCGUCAAGGUCUAGAAUGAAGCUAUGGAUGAUACGGGCAACCACAUCGGUGUUACUGUGGACUUGCAUCGUUCAGUUAACGGCUUUGGGUGACAUGUGGGGGCCUAGAGUUUUGAAAGGUUGGCCUUCUUGUUUUUCUCACGAAUCUGCGGCCAGAGCAAUAGAUGUUGAAUUACCGUCUCCACGUCCACCUCUUUUACCUCCCAAGAGAGUUUACAAGAACAAUGGGUACCUUAUGGUCUCUUGCAAUGGAGGAUUGAACCAAAUGAGAGCAGCUAUAUGUGAUAUGGUAGCCAUUGCUAGAUAUCUGAAUGUCACGCUUAUAGUCCCUGAACUGGAUAAAACAUCCUUUUGGGCUGAUCCCAGUGACUUCCAAGACAUAUUUGAUGUGGAUCAUUUUAUUACGUCCUUAAGAGAUGAAGUGCGGAUAUUGAAAGAGUUGCCUCCUAGACUCAAGCUGAAAGUGGAACGUGGGUUUCUCUACACUAUGCCUCCCAUUAGUUGGUCUGACAUAUCUUACUAUAAGAACCAGAUUCUACCCUUAAUACAAAAGUACAAAGUUGUCCAUUUAAAUAGAACUGAUGCUCGGCUUGCCAAUAAUGGUCAACCUAUAGAGAUUCAGAAGUUGCGGUGCCGAGUUAAUUUUAGUGCUUUGAGAUUUACUUCUCAGAUAGAGGAGUUGGGCAGAAAGGUGAUCAGGCUCCUAAGGCAAAACGGUCCAUUUCUGGUGCUUCAUUUAAGGUAUGAGAUGGACAUGUUGGCAUUUUCUGGAUGUACUCAAGGUUGUAACAGUGAUGAGGUGGAAGAGUUGACAAGAAUGAGAUAUGCUUAUCCUUGGUGGAAAGAAAAAAUAAUUAAUUCUGAUUUGAAAAGAAAAGAUGGUUUAUGUCCUCUAACUCCUGAGGAGACCGCCCUUACGCUUAAAGCUCUGGACAUUGAUCGGAGCAUUCAAAUCUACAUUGCAGCUGGGGAAAUAUAUGGUGGGGAAAGGAGAAUGGAAAGUCUAGCAAAGGAAUACCCAAAAUUGGUCAGGAAGGAAACGCUGUUGGAGCCAUCUGACCUUCAGUUCUUCCAAAAUCAUUCAUCUCAGAUGGCAGCAUUGGAUUAUCUUGUCUCAUUAGAGAGUGAUAUUUUUGUCCCCACGUAUGAUGGAAAUAUGGCCAAAGUUGUUGAGGGCCAUCGCAGAUAUCUUGGGUUCAAGAAGACAAUUUUAUUGAACAGAAGGCUCCUUGUCGAUUUAAUAGAUCAGUACCAUAAUGGUGUACUGAACUGGGAUGAAUUCUCAUCAGCCGUAAAGGAUGCUCAUGCCGAUCGAAUGGGUAGCCAAAAUAAAAGGUUGGUAAUCCCUGACAAGCCCAAAGAAGAGGAUUAUUUCUAUGCCAACCCACAGGAGUGUUUAGAGGCAUCAGACAAUCCAUUGGCGUUGAGUAGUACAUGAGUUAUGUGUUUGAAAACUGUGGAAUUACCUGUGCCAUUGCCUGGUGCACUUGGUUUUCUACCAGAUAUUGAGAUAGUUUUCCACGCAGUUUUAGCAAAGACCACAGCUUUCUAUCAGAGGCACAGUCAAGACCCCCAUAAAGAAAAGAGGGUUUGGUGGGAUAAACCUUUACAAAGCUCUAGUCAAGCAAAGCAGCGAUACUUUAUAUUUUAUAUAUUCAAAUAAUCCAUCAUCAUCACAUUCAUGUACAGAAGCUACCCUGCCAUUACAGGGUGAGAGCAGUUCAAACAGCAUUGCAUUGUACACGGAGAAAUUCAUAUACAAAUUUGGAUUACUGGAACUGCACUUCGUGGAAGCUUAAUUCAUUGGUAUCUGCCUCUUUUUUUUUUUUUUUGAUAUAAAUAUAUAAUUUCCCCCCCUCAUUUGCCACCUUAUUUUCAACCCACCUCCAUGAUGAUUUUCAGGAUUAUACAGUAUAAAAUUUGUUUAUUAGUGUAUUAAUGCCUCCUAACUUCAUAUUCUUUUCUGGGUCUGUUCAGGUUGUUUAUUCUCAUGUCACAUUUAUAUUUAUAUUGACAAUGUGUCAUUUCUAAUUAAUUCACAUUUGCUUGAUGAUAACUUAUCUAUCAACUCUGAAGUGGUUAAAGACCAAAUAAUACACAUCGGAAGGGAACUCUUGUCCUCAUGUGACUCUCAAUUGUGUAAGUGUCAUGGUUAUAGAUAAGCUUAUGAUUUUGGUAAGGUGGAGUUGUAGUAGGCUUUUAUUCUUGGGAGCCUAUGUUCCCCGAGAGAGACAUGUUAACAAAUACAUCCAAUAAAAGCCAGUGGUCAAUUGU